AUGUCAACCGUAGUAUAUCAAGGUUUCCAGUCAUGUUCUGAGUCUCACAUCAUUGAAACAACUACCCUCAAGCUCAAAGUGCCAAGCCUAACUGCAAUAGAAAGCAAUAUGGAAAAUCUUAAUGAAAAAUAUGAAGAUAUAAAGAAGUGCUCAUCUAAUAAAAAUGCAGACUUAGCAGGCUGGAGUUCCCUUCAAAAUCUCCCCACCAUUAACUCUUUGAAUCGCAAAUUAGACUCGAAAGAAAAGGAAAACUCUUAUGUUCACCCUUUAUCCAAACAACAUUCUUCGUCUAGACUUAGUGAAAAGAGCCUUGCAUUAUGCACUGAAAAUUUGGGAUGUGAAACGGGGACUGAUCAUAUCACUGAGAGCAGCAUUUUCUCAUUUUCCUCGGACGUGUCAAACACAGUACAAUCACAAUCAUCAACAACAAAAACCAAUAUUCGAGUCGAAUAUACACCAUCUUCAACAACAAAUUACAAGGUGAUCUCUAAUACUAAAAUUAGCUGCCGAAAACUUCCACCUCCUUUGACAACUUUAAGAGGGUCCCAUUCUCUACAAGUUAGCACACACAGAGAUGGUGGUAGAUUAAUCAUCAAAGCCGUUGAAGCUCCAAAAGUGUGUACUUAUCUUCAUGCUGAAAGAAGCAAUGGCCGUCUUAGGCUAUGUUUCUUGAAAGAAUAUAGAAGCUCUAGUUCUAAAUUUGACUUAUUGGAAACGGCCGAUGACGAGAACAAAGAAUCAAAAGCUGAAAGUGACAUAUUUGAAACCUCGAACUAUGGGGGUAUUGGAAGAGGACCCGAGCAAAGUCCCCGAGUUAUUGGAGACGGGAAGAUGUCUCCCGCCGAAUUGAGCAGUCGAGGGGUAUGUCAAAAUGAAGAGAACCACCCAAGUGAUUCACUUGGGGAAAUAGAAAUCGGAGACUCCCCGCUUCUUCCUUCAUUCUCGGAAGGGGAAGUUCGGGAGGCUCAGUCCAUGAAGGCCCCUCAGGUAGAAGGCAUCCUCGGAGGGGAGGACCUUUUCUAA